UUUGUGGCUAUUUGAUAAACUUUUGAGGUCAUAUAAUGUCAAGUUUGCUAAAAGAUUGCAUUAAAUACUUUCACACGAAGAACUUAUAUGAAGUCUUAGGAGUGACUAAGAAGUGUGACAAAACUGGACUUCGUAAAGCUUUCUAUAAAUUGUCUUUACUUCAUCAUCCUGAUCGCCAUGACAGUGACUCAAAGUCAGAGGCGACAAAACGUUUCCAAGUACUGUCUAGAGUCUAUUCGUACAUGGAAGAUGACGAGAAACGUAAAGUCUAUGAUGAAACAGGUGUUAUCGAUGAAGACGAUGAGAUUACAGGCAAAUCAUAUGAUGAUUGGGUUAAAUACUGGCAACUUUUGUUUCCUAAAAUCACAACUGCACAAAUAGAUGACUAUUGUAAAAAGUAUAAAGGAAGUGAACAGGAAACGGAAGAUUUGAUCAAGAUCUACAAUCGUUCUAAAGGUGAUAUGGAUAUUAUAAUGGAGUCUUUAAUGCUCACGUCAUAUCGAGAUGAAAGUCGAGUUCGCGGUCUUAUUGAUAAAUUGAUAUCUAGUGGUAAAAUUGAUGCAUAUACGAAGUACACACAUGAAAGACCUGAAAAAGCAAAGAGAAGAGCUAAACGAGCACUAGAGGAAGAAAAGUUGUUUGCAAAGGAACAGAACAAUAAAAACAAAAAACAGAUAGUUGAUGUUAACGAAGAUUUGGAUACAUUAGCUAAGGCAAUUCAAGCACGACAUGAAAAUGCAUUAAAAUCAUCAGAAAACUUUCUGGAUAAGAUUGCACAGAAAUAUAGUUCAAAGCAACAGUCGCCAGCUAGGAAAAAGCCUUCUAAGGUUUCAAAAACUUCGAAGAAAAGAAAAAUAAUUACCAGCUUGAUCUAAGAAAAAUGUAUUUUUUUAUUCGAAAUAUUGAAAAAUAACAGAUACAUAGAAAAUACAAUUUCACGACUGUUUCUGACUUUCUACUUUCUGUGGAAUGAGACAAAAAACAAAACGGGUGACAAAAGGUUAUAGUAUUUUAGUGUAUAAUAAGGCAUCACAUUUUCGUUGGGAAAUUGCUUGAGGAUUGAAAAUAAAAACAGUAAACGAAAAAUUGGAAUACUAUAUCAUCAUGCUCACAACAAAAAAUGUCUGCACCAUAUCGUGAACUAACGUGUACACCGCUGGCUGCUGGGAUCAGUAGUCUAGAGGUUCGGCGUUCGCGCGUCGUAAGUUAUGGGCGACUAAGUUUGUAUUUUUGUUUUAAACUGACAUUUCAGUUGGUAAAAAAUUUGGCAUGCUGAACACUAAGAAAUGCAGUAUGUUGCAUGGAACGAUAUUAAGUAGGGAGCAGUUCGAAACAAAGAACCAUGAAACAGUUGUCUUAUACUAUGAUGGACUUCCUAAGCAGUGUUCAUCAAAUAUAUGUAUAUAUAUAUAUAUAUAUAUAUAU